AUGAGUAGUCAGGGUUACUAUGAGCUUUAUAGAAGAAGCACUUUAGGUACUUCGUUAACAGAUGCUCUUGAUACUUUGAUCUCUGAUCAAAGAAUUGAACCACAGCUGGCGAUGAGGAUUUUGGCAAAUUUUGAUCGUGUUGUAUCUGACACAUUGAAGGAAAAUGUUAAAUCCAAAUUAACAUUCAAAGGUCAUCUACAUACUUAUAGAUUCUGUGAUGAUGUGUGGACUUUUGUUAUCAAGGAUGUUAAUGUUAAAUUAGAUCAAAAUGAAACUAUUAAUGCUGAAAAGAUUAGAAUUGUUGCAUGUAAUGCUAAGAAAGCUGGGGAUGUUUGA